AUGGUGACAGCUGCACCAACGGAUCCUGGGCGAUGGCGACUCGACGUUGACGGAGGUGUUCACCGCUGGCGAUAUCUCGAUGAGGUCGCUUCCACUCAGCGUCUACAGUCUGCGGCUGAAAAAUACUUCCUUGGACUACCCACAGGAUUACCAGAACUCCCCACACCCCGUGGUUUCCAGGAAUCAGCUCGCAAUGGGUUCCGGUUUUAUCAGGGUCUCCAGCUGGAGGAUGGACAUUGGGGCUGUGCAUAUGGCGGUCCUAGCUUCUUGCUCGCUGAUGGUGGUUGGGGUUUGCAUUCUGCCGGGGAUUCGACAGUUUUUGCGACAACCCUCUACUAUGUCACACUGCGAAUCCUGGGUCUCGAGUCGACACAUCCUUUAGCCAGCGAGGCUCGCAAUCGCCUCCAUGCCCUGGGGGGCGCACUGGAGCGGAGUGAAUCCGAUCCCCCCCUGAGUUUUGUGACAAAACCUUUGAAUCCAUUCCUUGCUAGCCUCCGCAACGAGAUCUAUACACGAUCAUAUGACGAGAUCGCCUUCGGCCGAUACCGGAACUUUGUGGCACCUGUUGAUCUAAAAAAGCCAACAUCCACGCUACUUCGCGGUGCCAAUGUACUCCUACGUUUCUGGGAACAAUACAUUCGGCCAGAUUGGAUUGGCCAAUGGGCUAAUGAGCGAGUUUGCGCGUUAAUACAGCGUGAGGAUGAGAACACCUCCUAUAACUGUUUAGCCCCAGUCAACAAAGCCUUUCACAUGGUGGCUGUGUGGCAUUCCGAUGGUGCCAAAAGUGAUCGUAUGAAACGUCACCGCGACAAAAUAUCCCCUUAUAUAUGGAAAGGAGAAAAUGGGAUGACAUGCAGUGGCACUAAUGGUGUCCAAGCCUGGGACACAGCAUUCACCAUCCAGGCUAUGGUGGAGACCGGCCUAGGCAAAGAGUUGGAGUUCCGUUCAUCAUUAGAAAACGCCCUCCAUUACUUAGAUAUCUCUCAACUGAGGGAAGACUUGGCUGAUCCCUAUCGCCAGCCGCGAAAGGGCGGUUGGCCAUUUAGCACCAGGGACAAUGGCUAUGUUGUGUCUGAUUGCGCGGCCGAGGGCCUCAAGGCUGUUCUGAUGCUUCAAGAGCACGACUUUACCAAACUUAUCUCUGAUGAACGUCUCCAGGAUUGCGUCGACACACUGUUGCUCAUGCAAAACUCAGGCGGUGGAUUCAGCAGUUAUGAACGCACCCGCGCUAGCACCCUGCUUGAAUAUCUCAACGCUUCAGAGGUCUUUGACCGCAUCAUGGUUGAGUACUCGUAUCCCGAAUGCACCACGGCUGUAGUGACGGCCCUGGCGCUCUUUCGCCGCCAUUUCCCUACCUAUCGGUCUGCCGAAAUAGAUAGAGUCAUUCGUCGCGCUAUAAAGUAUAUCAUCAGUGCACAACGUCCCGAUGGGAGUUGGUAUGGGUCAUGGGGGGUGUGCUUCACCUACGCCUCACUCUUUGCAAUGCAAAGUCUCGAGCUGGUUGAUCAAACAUGGCAAACGAGUGAGCAUGUCCGCAAGAGCUGCAAGUUCCUACUCCGCACACAGAAAGAAGAUGGAGGCUGGGGUGAACACCACACCUCUUGCGAGUUGGAAGAGUAUAUCCAGCAUAAGCAGAGCCAGGUGGUGAAUACAGCGUGGGCGUGCUUGGCAUUAAUGCAUGCGCGGUAUCCGUAUAAGGAAGCCAUUGAGAGAGGGCUUAAGUUGAUUAUGAGUCGCCAGCAGUCAAACGGGGAGUGGCAUCAGGAAGAUGUGGAGGGGGUUUUCAAUAACACAUGCAUGAUCGGAUAUCCAAACUACAAGUUCUAUUUCACUUCAUGGGCCUUGGGGAGGUAUCAUAACGUGUACCUUCCUAUGCUGAAGGAAAUGGAGGCUUAUAGCUAA